AUGGUCAUCAUUGAUAUUGCAACAUAUCGCGACCUCGUGCGGCAGGAUUUGGAUGCGCCAGCUUCGGCCGUCGAAAGCGCAUUUCGUCGCCGAAGCUUAGACUGUCACCCGGACAAGCGGCCGGGCGACCCCACAGCCAAAGCAAAGUUCGAGGCAUUGGCCGCUGCGAAGGAGACACUCCUUGACCCAGACAAGAGAGCUGCUGCAAUCUCGGAGGUGAAGCUCUCGCAGGUUGGACAGGCAUCUUUCCUGCGACCGCGUCGUGCAGGUCCGCCUCGAGCUGGAGCUGCAGCGGCCAAGAAACCAGCGGCUUCGCCCGCAGCGGCGAAGCCAGAUCCUCCGGCAAAGUCCGGGUUCGUUCCGCCAGCUCAGCGUGAGGAGCCAACACCCAGAGCUUCGGUCCCCGACCCAGAGAAAGCUGCUGCAGGGAUCUUUUUCAGACAUCUCGAGCGGCAGCGCGAGAAGAAGGAGCCACGACGAGAUUUUCUUCUCCCACACGGGCCAUUCCUCAAAACAGUUGGGGAGGCCAGGGCGACAAAGAAGCGUCCUGUUCAGGGUGCCGCGAGGGAGUCGGCCCGGUCUGGGCUCCGUGACGGCGCAGGCAUCUCCGGCAAGGUUAAGCGACUUGCUGAAGCGGUGCACGUACAACCUGCUCCGCCGUGGGUUGGCGGAGGUGAAGGAGCCCAAAGUCAAAGGGUGCCGGUAAUUGCACCUACACAGGUGCCGGAACCUGCGCCUGCAACACCGGAGUGCAGAAAGGAUGCAACAAGUACCCCGACCUGCCCUCGAGCCGCUCCAGCACCAGAGGGCGUGAAGAAGAAGGACAUCCCCGCAGCACGCUGCCUUCCUUUGCCUCUGCUCCUGCCAGCAACGGCAGACAUUGGAGCCCUGACCACAGCGGUCGGGCGGGCGACUGGCGCCAAACCCUCCGAUGCCGGAGUGCUCGCACGGGUCGUGUCAGUCCUUCGCAGAUCCGGUGGCGAGGCGUCCCUCAGGUCGCUAACGCAAAAUCCGAAGCGACUGAAGCGGAUCUUGUCUCGGUACCCUCGGCUCAUCGAUGUGUAUUUUCCCGGCAAGUUCAAUGCCACUCAGACUUUGGAGGUCCAUGCUCGUCUACGGGGAGCGGAGCUACAGCGGGCGAAAGAGGAAGAGCAAGAACGACUGAGGAAGUCUGAGCGCUGGCAAACCAUGGAGGCCGAGCCCAUCAAUCCUUUCGCACCUUCGGUGGGUCGAUUUCAACCAGGAGCCCGUUUGGCUCUGAAGAUGCGCCUCGCCAGGACCAGGCCGCUGGGGCAGCCGGUGCGACGGACUGGCAAAAAACAGCCACGUGUCGUUGACGUGGAUUCCUCCGACGAGGGCUCGUGCCUGGUCAUGCCGCCACCACCUCCAAGUGCGCAACCGGGCUCGCAACCGGGCUCUGGCGGCGAGCAACACGACGCUGAGUUCACUUGUGCAGAGGCGAAUGCAUGUGACAAUGCGCUUCUGCAUGCGUACGCUCAUGCAGUGGGAAAAUGGAAGGCUUCGAAUGACUCGGUGGGGUCUGCCGUGCGACGCUACUUCCUGCUUCUUCCUGCCGGUGGUUUGGGGCUACUGCGGCCGGGACACCCUUCCUUGCUGUACUCCUUCGACGUUGCAUCGAAGGUCCUGUAUGAGUAUGUCCCGGCAGAAGAGCGAUGUGUGGUCAUGUGGUCUCCAUCUUGUCCUGAAGUGAACGCAGCUCUUUGGACUGUCUUGCCUCUGCCACCGGAAGCGCCCUCUCAAGAGGCGCCUUCCACACCCGAGGCGCCCCCGGAGGAAGAGGAGGACUCUGACAGUGACGACGUGGACAUCGACUGCUUGAUAUGCGAUGCUGCUGCUGAAGCUGGGGUGCAACUAAAUGGAGAGCCUUGCAGUGAAAGCGCAUCGUUCGACGCGGAAAACAGAUUCGAGCCUCUCUUCCUGCAGUGCCUCUUCGAAAUGGCAAGUCUCUGCGAUCUUGGUGGCCAGAAUGGCAGGAGAAGCUUCCUGGGCAGGUUGCCAGCUGAUCCGCCGUCACCGGUGCCGGAAGAACCGGCACAGGAAGACAGCUUCCCUUGGUGGAUGCCCACUUGCGGCUGCACUCCCAUGACAAGACUAACGCAGUUGCCUUGCGAGGCACGGGGUGAGAUCCUCGACUGCGAGCCCGCAGCACCAACCGCAGCCAUGGCAGCCACAAGCGAAGCUCACACUGGCCCAGAAGAUUUCUCCGAUGCACAGGAGGAUCUCUAUCAUGAGGUCAAUGCCCUGAUGCGGCUGUGCGCCAAGUGGAACGACUCGGAUCGUGGACUCCACGUGGAAUCCGUUGCGCCAGAUCCCUUCAUGCCUCAAGUGCUACAAGAAGAGCUCAGGACUUACAGUCGACAAAGGCAUUUCUCAAGAGAUGUAUCUCGAGAGUCAGAGGACAGCAGGGCCUUUGCCAACCAGAUGCCGCAAUCGCCACAGAAGAGCUCGAAGAAAUCAGCGGGAGUCCAAUUGGCUGUCACUGCUGCAUCUCGGGAGAGCGAUGGUCAGGGGCCUGCCAUCCAGGGAGGGCGACAUCGAGCGCUCAGUGUUUCUUCGAGCCGUCAGCGCAGGCAGCACCGGCUGUUGGGACCGAAGAAGGGCCUUGCUGUGCACUUCGGUCACGAAAACUGGAACAUGGUGCUCAGCAUGAUGAUUGGCAUCCGGAUGUCUGUGGGACGUUCCGGGCAAGAGCUGCACAGAGAGCUGCAGCCGGUGGACUUUAUCAUGAAGGAUCCGCUUUCUCUCAUCGCCGCUAGGUACCUUUGGCCGCCGCAAUGCCCAUGUCACAGUCAUGCAGUAGCAAUCAUGUGGGCAGAAAGCACGGUUCAACAAGAAGACAACUCAAAUCCAGUUCUGCUGUUGGCAGCAGUGGCGAUGUUUGACCCCAUGCAAUAUUGA